GUUUGAGGCCCCGCCCCGCGGACCCCGCGGGAGGAGCCUACUCCAGUCGCGGGCCACCAGCUCGCAUGUCCCCGCCGUCUUUCCGUCGCCGGCCUGGCCUCUCGGCCAGCGGGCCUGGCGGUGCCGGAGGGCUCACUCUGCUGCUGCGGCUGCUGGCGCUGCCGCUCGCGGCCGGGACCGACUGCCCGUGCUCGGAGCCCGCGCUGUGCCGCCCGAUCCGCCACCGUCCGGACUUUGAGGUCUUUGUAUUUGAUGUGGGAAAGAAAACUUGGAAAUUUUAUGACUGGUCACAGAUUACAACUGUGGCAGUUUUUGGAAAAUAUGACUCAGACCUUAUGUGCUAUGCUCACUCAAAAGGAGCCAGAGUAGUGCUAAAAGGAGAUGUCUCCCUAAAGGAUAUUACUGAUCCUACUUUCAGAACAUCCUGGAUAGCUCAAAAAGUUGAUUUGGCCAAAGCACAAUAUAUGGACGGAAUUAAUAUAGAUAUAGAGCAAGAAGUUAACUGUUCAUCCCCUGAAUAUGAUGCAUUAACAGCUUUAGUCAAAGAAACCACAGACUCUUUCCAUCAUGAGAUUGAGGGGUCACAGGUAACCUUUGAUGUAGCUUGGUCUCCAAAAUGCAUAGAUGGAAGGUGCUAUAAUUAUACUGGAAUUGCAGAUGCUUGUGACUUUCUCUUUGUGAUGUCUUAUGAUGAACAAAGUCAAAUCUGGUCAGAAUGUAUUGCAGCAGCCAAUGCUCCCUACAAUCAGACAUUAACUGGAUAUAAUGACUACAUCAAGAUGGGCAUUAAUUCUAAGAAACUUGUAAUGGGUGUUCCCUGGUAUGGUUAUGAUUAUACAUGCCUGAAUCUAUCUGAGGAUCACGUUUGUACCAUUGCCAAAGUCCCUUUCCGGGGGGCUCCUUGUAGUGAUGCUGCAGGACGUCAGGUACCCUAUAAAAUGAUCAUGAAGCAAAUAAAUAGUUCUAUUUCUGGAAGCCAGUGGGAUAAAUAUCAGCAGGCUCCUUAUUAUAACUAUAAGGAUCCUGAUGGCCAUUUCCAUCAAGUGUGGUAUGAUAACCCUCGGAGCAUCUCUUUAAAGGCAGCAUAUAUGCAAAACUAUGGCUUACGCGGCAUUGGCAUGUGGAAUGCCAACUGUCUUGACUACUCAGGAGAUGCUGCAGCCAGACAGCAGACUGAAGAAAUGUGGGCAGCCUUAAAGCCAAAGUUGUGACAGACAGACAUCUUUUGUCAGUUUGUUAACAGAGAUUUAGAAAAAUUAUGUGUAUAAAUAGAUCUGGUUUCUUUUAAAAAAAUGCAUACAUUUUUGUCAUGUUGUUAUAACUUUAGUUAUUAAUAGACUCAAAAAACAGGUACACAAUAAAGAAAUACUUUGUUUGAAUUUGAAAAAUACACAUUUUUUUUUCUUAAAUAUCCAGGAACAAAAAGGCAAGAAACAGGUCAACUAAUUAUAUUACCUAUUCCUAUUUCAUGUAAUUAGGAAAAAUUGCUUUAAAUUUUCAUUAUGCCAAAUUUUCCUCCCAAUAAUAAAACAUACUUACAAAUCAAUGCUGAUUUAAAAUAUUUGAGAGACAAGAGAAGGUAAUGGGAGGUGGAUAUGAUCAUACACACAAUGUAUGGAAAUUUCAUAAUGAAACUCAUUAUUUUGUACAAUUAAUAUUCACUAUAUUAUUAACUAAAAGACUAAAAAAUUUGUAAUUUGAAGUAGAAAUUGUUUGCUUACAAUAGAGUUUUAAAAACCUAGCCUUUCAGAGAAGUAGUCUGUUUUGUACUUUUCCCCAAUAAAUCUUAAAUUCAAAAUGUGGAAUUUUGUGUCUCUUUAUAUUUGUCAAACUGAUGA